UUCACUAAUGUCGAAGGAGUACCAAUCCCAACAAAAUUAAAAUUCCGAUCAUAUCUGAGGAUGGAAUUCGAUAUCCCAUUGCCGGAGGAACUUGAGCUUCUCGAAGCCAACUCUCAUUUCUAUGAAGAAGAAGAAGACGAUGACUACCUAAACUUCGAGGAGCCGCCGUAUCCUUACCCAAUCGAGGGCGAUGAAGAAAAAGAAGAAGAACCCGUCGCGCAGAAGGAGCCUCAUGUCCGUCAACCGGACUCUAUUGAUAUCAACGGUUGUAAACGUCCCAGGAGUCUAAUCUCUGAUCCGAUUGUCAAUCUCGACGAAGUCUCUCCAGCUUCUGACAAGAGAAGCAAAGUUGAUAAUAACCGGGUUGAAAUUGAAGAUGAGGAUUGGUUACGGUUCUCGCCGGUUAAGGAAGCCGUUCACGUUAUGGAGGAGGAGGAAGAAGAAGAGGUCAUUCCCAAGGAGGUUAUUUUGUCCAGAUACGCUUCUGAGAUAGACGGGGAGUGCUUUCCGAUCACGGCACCUGACGGAGGAGAGAGGGUUUAUGCGAAAUUCUGCCGGGCAUUGGGAGACGAAGAAGUGAAGAAAUUGGAUGUGAAAGCCAAGUCUAAUGGUCUUAUUAAAGAUCCAAUCAGUGUUCUUUUGCAGCUAUCAGAGAAAGAGGCGUUUAACAAGGCCUUGCAAACCAGUUCCGAAGAUCAGAACGAAACUACUUCUGCAGAAACAUCUGUAAUGCAUGAGAAACUCUGGGUGGAAAAAUAUUCUCCUUGCUCAUUUACUGAGCUUCUCAGUGAUGAGCAGACCAAUCGAGAGGUCCUGUUAUGGCUUAAGCAGUGGGAUGCUUCUGUUUUUGGAUCUGAAAUUAGGAGCACCACAGAGGAAGUGUUGUCAGCUUUGAAACGACAUUCUACACCAAGUCAUCAUAAAAAAUCGGAUUCAUCUUUUACAAGGAAAAAACAGUUCAAUAGAUGGAGUAAGGAAAGUUAUGGACAUUCGAAAAAUGCAGACGUGAGCAAUAGCAACACAACCGAUGAUAUUGACUUGUGGAACAAGAAGUCGAAACUUACUGGUCCUCCAGAGCAGAAGAUCCUUCUGCUUUGUGGUGCCCCAGGGCUUGGAAAAACUACGCUUGCUCACAUUGCAGCUAAGCAUUGUGGAUAUCGCGUUGUUGAGAUUAAUGCUAGUGACGAGCGAUCAGCAUCAGCCAUUGAAACGAGAAUUCUUGAUGUAGUUCAGAUGAACUCUGUUACAGCUGAUUCUAGACCGAAAUGUUUGGUGAUUGAUGAGAUAGAUGGAGCUCUCGGUGAUGGAAAAGGAGCAGUUGAUGUUAUUCUAAAGAUGGUGUUGGCAGAAAGAAAGCAUGCUACAGGCAAGGAAAAUAUAGAGAAUGGGAAGACUUCUUCAAAGAAGGAGCGCCGAACAGCACCACUAUCAAGACCUAUUAUUUGUAUAUGUAAUGAUUUAUAUGCACCAGCACUUAGGCCUCUGCGACAGAUAGCAAAGGUUCAUAUAUUUGUUCAACCAACAGUAAGCCGUGUGGUAAACAGGCUCAAGUAUAUUUGCAAUAUGGAAGGGAUGAAAGCAAGAUCAUUUGCUCUUACUGCUCUUGCGGAUUUCACUGAAUGUGACAUACGCUCUUGCUUGAACACUCUGCAAUUUCUCAACAAGAGGAAAGAAACCCUCAAUGUGAUUGACAUUGGAUCUCAAGUUGUUGGGCGGAAAGACAUGUCAAAGAGUCUGUUUGAUAUCUGGAAAGAGAUAUUCACCACGAGAAAGAUGAAACGAGAACGAUCUACUGACGCUUCUGGAAGUGAGGCCAAAAACUUUGACUUCUUACACACUCUCAUAUCCAGUCGGGGUGAUUAUGAUUUGAUAUUCGAUGGCAUACAUGAAAAUAUUUUACAGCUCCACUACCAUGAUCCGGUGAUGGACAAGACAAUUAGCUGUUUGGACAGUCUUGGAACUUCUGAUUUGCUGCAUCGAUACAUCCUACGUACCCAGCAUAUGCCUCUCUACGUUUACUUUCCUAGCCUUGUGAUACCUAUUCAUCGUCGUGUAGCCCAGAUUCAAAAACCAAUUAUUGAGUGGCCCAAGUCAUUCCACAGAUGUCGAACACUUUUAGUGGAAAAGCAGGAGUCUCUGCGGUCUUGGCACCACAAGAUACCUCCGUAUAUUGGGAGGCAUUUGUCAAUCAAGUCGUUCGUAGAAGACUCUGUUUCCCCGCUAUUGCAUAUUCUUUCUCCCCCUACUCUAAGACCGGUGGCAUCACAUUUGCUAUCCGAUAGGCAAAAGGAUCAACUGGCGGGUUUGGUCAUGCUUAUGUGCUCUUAUUCUUUGACUUAUAAGAAUGUGAAAUCCGAUCCUGUUCUGAGUAACCUCCGAGAGGCAGCUGCUUCAGAUGCUUCGCUUCUUGCUUUAGAUCCACAUCUUUUUGAUUUCAUUAGUUUCAAGGGUCACCAAUUUAAACAUCAUGUACUUGCCUUAGCGAUGAAACAAGUGUUGGUACAUGAAGUUGAGAAGCAAAAGAUAUUGCAAGCAAGUGGAGGAAGUUUUGGAAUCUUGAACAAGCCCGAAAUUAAGAAAAUAAAUCAAGACUUAGCGAGGAAAACCAAUGCUGCAUCAAAUGAAAGUCAAAGAAAUCCAGUUACCUCUAAACCUCCAUUGGUCUCAGUUGGGAUUGCCACAACUUCAAAGCCUAAUUCUAGUGAUGUGAAAAAGGCAUCUCGUACUGCCCUUAAUUUCUUUGACAGGUUUAGGAAGUCAAGGAAAGAUUAUGAAGAUCCAGAGGAUGUACAAAAGCGAGCAACUGCAAAAAGAGAUUCACGACCUCUUCUCUUCAAGUUUAACGAGGGUUUCACAAAUGCUGUGAAGAGACCCGUUAGAAUGCGGGAGUUUCUACUAUGAUUCUGCAAUGAAGGAAAAACUUUCUAAUGGCUAGUAGUUGCCAGGAUGCUACAUAAGCAUUGACUUUAUCUUUCAGUGCAUUUGAAUGUACUAGACGUAUCGGUCAAGGUCCUAAAUCGGCCUGAGAAAUACGAAGUUCAAAAAGAUGAGAAGAAGAGGAAAACUAAUAAUAACCAUAGGAGAGGAGGAGCUAGACCUCUACUAUUUCGGUUUUUUUAGCCAAUCAGAGCGCUCUAUUUCACACCCACUCUCACAAAGUGCGCGUUGCGCGCGUGUCCCUAAUUUCCGUGGGUUCUAACCCACCAAAUCGCUUGUUUUAAAGCAAACUCGCUUCUUUUUAAAAAGGCCUCGCGUGACUCAUUAAUUGUUUUAUUUUUCCAAUUUGUACAGUAUACAAUCGAACCAAACUCAAUUGUAAUUUCAAAACUUUUUAAACCGAACUGAAAUCAA